AUUUAAUAUCAAUCAAUUAUCAUGUUGCGUCUCUCUUCUAAGAGUUAGGUUUUUAAUUAAUUUAAUAUCAACCAAUUACCAUGUUGCAUCUCUCUUAUAAGAGUUAGGUUUUUAUCUUGUCGUUGACAAGUUCUCUCUUCUCUGGUUUCUUUUCUUAAGGUUUUUUGUUGGAGGAUGACAAUAUUUCUGCGGACAUGGCCAACCUCUCGGUGAAUAGCAACAUUCCGGGUGUGGCAACCUCUAGCUUCUCUCCAGCGGCCAACGUUAGGCAUGAUGGUGAAGGAUUCAAUGAUGGUUUGUACGUGUUCCAGUUCUUUCAUGAGAUUGAUCUGAAUAGAGUGUUGGAUAUGUGUCCUUGGACCUUCAAUAACCAUAUUCUCCUCUUAGAACGGGUGGCCAGGUAUAAACACCCUAUUGAUGUGCCGUUAUUUCAUAUUUAACUUUGGGUGCAAGUACAUGGUUUGCAGGUGCUUUUAUGUCUGAGAAAGUGGCGAAGAGGAUUGGCAAUGAAAUUGGUGAAUAUUUUCAAGCGAAUCCCAACAAUUUCACAAGCAUCUGGUGCUCUUAUAUGCGGAUCCGAAUUCGUCAUCAUGUUAGGGUACCACUACAUAAAGAUUUUGCCAGCACGUGGUUCAAGUGACAGAGACACUGGUGCAGUGAACAUGUAUGGUCCUGAACUUCGAGCGAUGCCCCGCCGUGCCCAGAAAAACGUUGGUGCUAAAUGGCUGCAGGAGGAGCCAUCGAAGGAGGAGGAGAUGGCAGCAGCUUUUAGUGGACAAGCUUGGAUUGGAAAUUCCUUCUUUUUCGAUCCUAAGAAUGCGGCUAAUUCAGUUUCAAAAUGAGGUAUUAGGGGAGAUUUUGGUGGAAAUCGUGGUACCACUCCUUAUGGCAAUUCAAAUUUAAAUUUUGAUUUACUUAAGGAUGGUUAUGAAGGAAUGAUUAUUCUGGACCUUAAGAGGCGUAAAAUGGCCUAAGAGCAAGUUUUGGUCCUUGUGAAAGAGGGGGGCCUUGUAGAAGCUGAUGUUAAUGAUCCAAAAAACUUGAUAUUGACGGGUACUUUGUCUCAGGCCCGCCGGAAGAAAUGAGUUACCUGAGCUGGAACUAUCGUGGGCUGGGCAACCCACGAAUAGUGUUGACUCUGCAGGAUAUUGUUAGAGAUAAGCGGCCAUCUUUUCUUUUCCUUGUUAAAACUUUAUGUUCUAGCAUUAAAAUAAAUGAAAUAAAAUCCAUUUUGGGCUA